AUGAGGCCAUUCAAACUGCUCCUUUUCUCCCUGCCAUUGGUGGCCUCCUUCCCCACCUAUGGCGACCAGACAGUCUUCAGCAACAAUGACUUCGGCGAUGCACUGCAAGCAAUAUUGGAUGGGAAACAGAACAUGGAGAAAUGGGUACACGACGGCAAGGAUUUCAUCAAACAAGACAAUCUUAUGUAUGAACUCGUCUCCCACCCGUCAUUCGACCAACACCAACUUAGGGUUACCAAGCCCAAACUCUGUGACCCUACGGUCAAGCAAUACUCUGGCUAUCUGGACAUCGAGGAAGAUAAGCAUCUCUUCUUCUGGUUCUUCGAGUCUCGAGAUUCUCCCAAAGACGAUCCUCUGAUUCUAUGGCUUAAUGGCGGACCUGGGUGCAGUUCUUCCACUGGGCUGUUGUUUGAACUCGGUCCUUGCCGUGUGGGUGAGCUUGGUCAUAAUACCACCUCCAACCCAGAUAGUUGGAACUCCCAUGCCAACAUCAUCUUCCUUGACCAGCCCAUCAACGUUGGAUACUCGUAUGCGGACAAUGGCAAGACCGUUUCCACUAGCCCCGUUGCUGGGAAAGACGUCUACGCUUUCCUCGAGCUGUUCUUCCAUCGGUUCUCCGAGUAUUUGGAGCUGCCCUUCCAUAUCGCUGCUGAGAGUUAUGGUGGAACAUAUGCACCCAAUAUCGCGAGCGUCGUUCAUGAGGCGAAUAAGGAGCUAUCUAUUGCUCCCACUCCCAGUCUAAAGAAGAUCAACCUCGCCUCAGUCAUUCUCGCUAAUGGGCUCACCAAUCCUUACAUUCAAAUGGGUUCUGUUGCAGACUACGCGUGUGACGGCCCGUUCCCCAUCUUCAGCGAUCCAGAGGGCCCCGAGUGCACCUCCCUUCGUGCGAAGAUCCCGACUUGCCAAAGACUCAUCAAUUCCUGCUACAAGUUCCAAUCUAGGCUAACCUGUGUACCCGCCAUGCUCUAUUGUAAUUCUCAGUUGUUCGGACCUCUUAUGGCAACUGGUCUGAAUCCCUAUGAUGUUCGGAAGAAAUGUGAUAGAUCCAAGGACAAAGACGGUGAACUAUGUUACAAACAAAUGGGAUGGAUCGAGAAUUACAUGAAUGAUCCUUCUGUCAAGCGCGCGCUGGGCGUAAAUCCUGAGCGCAACUUUGACUCGUGUAACAUGGAAGUCAAUCAGGCGUUUGCAUUUCAAGGUGAUGGGGGCCACAACAGCGCACUCUUAUUGCCAGAGUUAAUCAAUGAUGGAAUCAAGUUGCUUGUAUACGCCGGAAAUGCUGACAUGAUGUGCAAUUACAUUGGAAACUCGAGAUGGGUUCAAGAACUGGAUACCGCUUUCAGUGAGGAAUAUUACGAUGCCGAAACGCUUCCCUGGGUGAUUGCGAAGACUGGUGUAACUGCCGGCGAAGUUCGUAGUGCCGGUGGCGGUGGGUUCACUUCAGGAAACGUCACUUUCGUGAACGUCUACAAUGCCGGACACAUGGUUCCGUACGAUCAAUCUGAGGCUGCCUUGGAUCUGAUCACUCGGUGGAUUACGGAUACCCCCCUGUCAUAG